UAUCUCCUUUCUCAUAGGCAUUCGUUCUCAGAAAGCUUAAUAAUUUUCUAAACGUGUCAACAUGAGCAAUGAAACAAGCCAACUUCACGUCUUCUUCUUCCCAUUCAUGGCUCAUGGCCACAUGAUACCAGCCGUAGAUAUGGCCAAACUAUUUGCUUCUCGAGGCUGCAAAGCGACAGUUAUCUUAACACCUGCCAAUGCUCUCUUCUUCACCCAAGAAAUUGAAAGAAGCAGAAAUCUGGGUUUAGAAAUUGAAAUUGUUCUUCUUAAAUUUCCUGUUCUCGAUUUCGAAUUGCCUGAAGGAUGUGAAAAUGUUCACAUGCUUACAUCAGACGAUAUGGUGGAGAAGUUUUUUAAGGCCACUACCAUGCUUGAACAACCACUUGAGGAGCUCAUAAAGGAACACCGCCCCAAUUGCCUCGUUGCCGACAUUACGUUCUCAUGGGCCACAGAAGUGGCAGCCAGAUUUGGGAUUCCCAGGCUUGUAUUCCAUGGAGUCAGUUUCUUCGCUUUGUGCACUUCAAUAUGUUUGAUGGAGCACGAACCUUACAAGAAGGUAUCAUCUGACUCCGAGCCUUUUGUCGUUCCUAAUUUACCACAUGAGAUCAAACUCACCAGGGAUCAACUUCCUCCUUAUAUAAAACAAGAAUCAGAGUUGGCUACUCUUGCUAGACAAUUUACUGAAUCGGAGGAGACAAGCUAUGGGGUUAUUGUCAACAGCUACUAUGAACUUGAGCCGGAUUAUGCCGAUUACUACAGAAGGGUCCUUGGAAGGAGGGCUUGGCAUAUUGGCCCAUUUUAUCUUCUCAAUAAAGAUAAAGAAGACAAGGCACAGAGAGGACCGAAAUCCUCCAUUGACGAGCGUGAGUGUCUAAACUGGCUCAACUCAAAGAAGCCCAAUUCAGUUGUUUAUGUAACUUUUGGAAGCAACGUAAACUUUAAUGAUACACAGUUGAUGGAGAUUGCGAUGGCUCUUGAGGCUUGGGGGAAGCAUUUUAUUUGGACGGUGAGGAAAGAAAAGCUGCAAGAAGGAAAAGAAGAAUGGCUACCUGAAGGAUUUGAGAAGCGAAUGGAAGGAAAGGGACUUGUAAUAAGAGGUUGGGCACCCCAAGUGCUGAUUCUUGAACAUGAAGCUGUUGGUGGAUUUGUGACUCAUUGCGGUUGGAAUUCAACAUUGGAAGGAGUUUGUGCAGGGUUGCCGCUGGUGACAUGGCCUGUGUCGGCCGAGCAGUUUUACAAUGAGAAGCUUGUUACCGAAAUCUUAAGAAUUGGGGUUGGCGUUGGUGCUAAAAAAUGGGCUAGAUUUGUGGGGGAUAGUGUUAAGAGUGAAGCCAUAGAGAAGGCUGUGAAUAGGAUUAUGGAAGGAGAAGAAGCGCAGGAAAUGAGAAGCAGAGCCAGGGCGCUUGCGAAAACGGCAAGAAAGGCUUUUGAAGAAGGCGGAUCUUCUUACUCCAAUUUGAAUGACUUGAUUGAAGAACUGAGGCUGCAUAGAUCUGCUUGA